UUUCCUCGCUGUGUUGUGGUGUUGAGGAGGUUGUUAUGCAGUUGCUGAGUGUGUCUGUGGGUGAAGCAGCGCUGGCUGCUGCUGUAACAGUGGAGCUCUUGGCUUCAUCAUCUGGAGACUCUUCAGCACCUGGACAGCUCCGCGAGUCCCUUUAAACCUUCGCUUUUUGGCCAAAAGUGCGAUUAAAACAACAUGUAGCUUCUUUAAAAGUGCCCUACAUGCUACAUCGUUAAGAAACUAAACUUUUGCCGCGGGAAAUCAUCGUUACCGCCCUGAUGAGUGAAUUACCGUUGACUGCGGCAAACUGUUCCCUUCAGGAGUCCAUGGUGCCGUCAAGCUCGUGCGGGGAUGGAGGAUCAACACUGGGCUUAUUCUGAUCUGAUGGCGGACUGCUAAAUGAACUGCAGUUCUUUUCUCAGCAUGGUUAGAUGUAAAUAACUGUCCGCAUAUUAGUGGAAAUGAGUGAAAUAUUUAUGGAUUGAUCUACAAAUCACACAUUGCAGUAUACAGGAUGUCAGGAAACAUGUCUCUUCUGUCAGGGAGUCCGACAAGCAUUUGGGAGAACUCCUCUGUGCUAAACACCACCCCUCCUCGCUUUCCUUCUGACUGGGAGGCACCCACAUUCACUGUGGCAGCGCGCUUCCGUGUGGCAGCCACCCUGGUGCUGUUUGUUUUCGCAGCUAUCAGUAACCUCUCAGUAUUGAUCAGCGUGACCCGGGGACGAGGACGCCGCCUGGCCUCCCACCUGCGGCCCCUCAUUGCCAGCCUGGCCUCCGCUGACCUAGUCAUGACAUUUGUGGUGAUGCCACUUGACGCUAUAUGGAAUAUCACAGUGCAGUGGUAUGCCGGCAAUGCCAUGUGCAAGAUCCUCUGCUUCCUCAAGCUUUUUGCCAUGCAUUCGGCAGCGUUUAUCCUGGUGGUGGUGAGUCUGGACAGGCACCAUGCAAUCCUGCACCCGCUGGAAGCUCUGGAUGCCGGCCACAGGAACAGAAGGAUGCUUUUGGCUGCCUGGAUCCUCAGCAUCCUGCUCGCCUCUCCACAGUUAUUUAUUUUCAGGGCGAUUAAGGCUGAAGGAGUUGACUUUGUGCAGUGUGUAACUCAUGGAAGCUUCCAGCAGCGCUGGCAGGAAACAGCCUAUAACAUGUUCCACUUUGUCACUCUGUAUGUGUUCCCUCUGCUGGUAAUGAGCUUCUGCUAUACGCAUAUCCUUGUGGAAAUCAACCGCCAGAUGCCUCGUGGUAAAGGAAAGGGUGGGGAACCUUGUCUGAGACACAGUGGAACGGACAUAAUCCCAAAAGCACGCAUGAAGACCCUUAAGAUGACCAUCAUCAUCGUGGCGUCAUUUGUGGUGUGCUGGACACCGUACUACCUGCUUGGCAUCUGGUACUGGUUUCAGCCUCGUAUGCUGCAGGUGAUGCCAGAAUACAUCCAUCACGCUCUCUUCAUCUUCGGCAACCUCAACACAUGCUGCGAUCCGGUCAUCUAUGGUUUCUUCACACCCUCGUUCCGAGCCGACAUAGCCAGCUGCUUCAGCAGAAGGAAUCAAAACUCUUCUCCCAAAUCACUGGACCGACUCUCCGCAAGGAGAGGGGGUGGAGGAGGAGAUGAUUAG